AUGGCAGUUAGCAGGACUUCCAAGAAAAUAGCUAUCUUAUAUGGAUCAGAAACUGGUAAUUCGCAUGAUUUCGCUCAGAUAUUGUCUUUUAAACUACAUCGAUUGCAUUUUACCCAUACUUUAAGCUCACUAGCGGAUUAUACACCACAAGACAUUUUAAGCUGCCGAUAUCUCUUCAUAAUAUGUUCUACAACAGGUCAAGGUGAACUACCAAGAAAUGUUAGCGAAAGAUCUCACGGUAGUGAUAGACACAAUACUAUUUGGUCAUUUUUAAAAAAGCGAAACUUACCCAAUGAUUUUUUAAACCACGUUAGCGUUGCAUUUUUGGGACUAGGUGAUUCUUCAUAUCCGAAAUUUAAUUAUGCUAUUAGAAUGCUGCACAAGAGGAUCGUCAACCAAUUGGGCGCUAGAGAGUUAUUUGAUCGUUUAGAGGCUGAUGAGUUGUCCAUGGAAGGAAGUAACAAGGGAACAGGGACAGGUAUAGAAACGGUUUACUUCGAAUAUGAAAAGAGAAUUUUGAAAUUUUUAACAGAAAGUUUCCCUCACAGAAAAGUUGAUGGCCAAGUUUUGGAACGCCAGGAGAUCCCCGAGGAUGUCUACUUAGAGCCUCCUUCCUUCUUAAAAUUGGGUUCAAAUGAGAUCGAGAGUAAUGAGGUGAUGUUUGAGGGUGAUGAAUCUGUAAGGAGAGGGAAAGUUGUUAAAAAUGAAAGGAUAACGGCACAGGAUCAUUUCCAGGAUGUAAGGCAGUUUGUGUUUAGCAUGGAAUUUGAAGAAAAAUACUAUUCUGCCGAUACCGUAUCAAUAUAUCCUUGUAAUAAUGAUAACUCCGUAAACAGGUUCCUGGAAUUACAACCUCGUUGGGCAGAAAUCGCUGAUAAACCAUUAGAAUUUACUGCAGGUGUACCUAAUGAAUUGAAAGACGGUGGAUUGGUGCGACCUUUGACUUUGAGAAAUUUGCUAAAGUAUCAUUGCGAUAUUGCGAGUAUACCAAGAACAAGCUUCUUUAUGAAAGUAUGGGCGUUUGCAACGGAUGUGAGUAGAUUAGAGGAAGGCGAGGAACAGUUGCAACAACAGCGUGAGAAAUUGCAUCAAUUUGCCACAGAUCAAGAUAUGCAAGAUUUGUACGAUUAUUGCAAUAAGCCCAGAAGAUCCAUUCUAGAAGUUUUGCAGGAUUUUCUUUCCAUAGAUUUGCCCUGGAAAUAUGCACUAGACUAUCUACCACUCAUCAAGCCCAGAUACUUUUCCAUUUCCAGUGGUCCUUGCGAUCCCAACGUAGAACUGACCAUAGCCAUUGUCAAAUAUAGAACCAUGCUUAGAAAGAUUAGAGAAGGCCUUUGCACUAAUUACCUGACAAGUUUGGUGGAAAAUGAUGAAAUUAGAUACAAAGUGCAAAAUAAAAACUCUUUCAAGAAGGAUGAGAUCCGGGGCAAACCAGCAAUUCUCGUCAGUCCUGGUGUCGGUUUGGCUCCUAUGAUGUCAGUGAUUCGUUCAAACAUGUUCUCAGAUAUUCAUCUGUUUUUUGGUAAUAGGUACAUGAAUAGUGAUUUCUUGUACCGAGAGCAAUUAGAGAGCUGGAAUCAGCAGGGUAAGAUCCUUUUGCACACUUGUUUCUCAAGAGAUCGGGAAAACUCACCUAAUCUUAAAUACGUUCAAGAUAUCUUAUGGGAAAUGGGUGAAACUAUUUUUGAUUUAAUGGUUAACAAAAAUGCCGUUUUGUUCCUGUGUGGUAGUUCAGGAAAAAUGCCCGUGCAAGUUAGAAUAACUUUGAUAGAAAUAAUAAAGAAGUGGGGGCACUUUAAAAAUGAUGAAGAGGCACAAAGCUACCUGAAAAAGAUGGAAAAAGAGAAUAGGUAUUUGCAAGAGACUUGGUAA